UCUUGUGUCUAACGUCAACCAAUUCCUUUUACAAAGCCUUUCUUCGUUUCUACUCUUGCUUUGUGCCUCCUAUUCUUUACUUGCAUGCUUUGCAUUCUUCCACUUCCUCAUUUUCUUUCCAGAACCAGAAAUGGUGACGCUAGGCCUCGCCUCUCCCACUGCUUCCUCCACCACCAACUCUCUCAUUCUCCAUCCCCAACCUCAAGCACUUCAUGUCGCUCCCAUCGCAACCUCUUACAACGAGUGGAUUCGCCCUGUUCUUGAUGCCAUUGAGAGCCUCAGGCGCCUCAACAUCUCCCAAGAAGGCGUCCACCUUCCCUCCAUUGUUGUUGUUGGUGACCAGUCCUCUGGUAAGUCCAGUGUUCUUGAAUCACUUGCCGGAAUCAGCUUGCCUCGUGGCCAGGAUAUCGUCACCAGGGUCCCUCUAAUCAUGAGGCUCCAAAACCAUCCUCUUCCGAAACCUCAACUGGUCUUGGAAUAUAAUGGCAAAUCUGUGCCUACAGAUGAGGCCCAUGUCUCCGACGCCAUUAAUGCUGCCACGAAUGAGCUUGCAGGCAAGGGAAAAGGCAUAUCCAAUGCGAGGUUAAGUUUGUUGGUGAAGAAGAAUGGGGUUCCUGAUCUCACAAUGGUGGAUCUUCGUAUUACUCGGGUGCCUGUUCGUGACCAGCCUGAGGAUAUCUAUGACCAGAUCAAGGGAAUUAUCAUGGAGUAUAUAAAGCCAGAAGAGAGCAUUAUUCUCAACGUUCUGGCAGCCACUGUUGACUUUCCUACCUGUGAAUCCAUCAGGAUGUCACAGAGUGUGGACAAGUCAGGAGAGAGGACUCUGGCUGUGGUCACAAAGCCUGACUUGGCUCCACAAGGCCUGCUGGAGAAGAUCACUGCUAAUGAUGUCAAUAUUGGUCUUGGGUAUGUGUGUGUGAGAAAUCGCAUUGGGGAUGAGUCCUACGAUGAAGCUCGUGUGGAAGAAGCUAGACUCUUUGAGACCCACCCACUUCUCUCCAAAAUAGACUCAUCAAUUGUGGGUGUUCCAGUUUUGGCACAGAAGCUGGUUAAACUUCAAGCACUUAGCAUAUCCAAAACACUUCCAGAGGUAGUCAAAAAGAUUAAUGACAAGUUCACGUUAUAUCUGUCCGAACUGGAGCGUCUACCCAAGAAUCUCGCUUCAGUAGCGGAAGCUAUGAGUCUUGUGAUGCAUAAAAUCGGCUUAGCUGUAGAAUCACUGAAGAAAAUUCUGAUCAGAGCAGAAUUUGAUGAGUACACAGAUGAAAAGAGCAUGCACUGCACGGCUCGCCUUGUUGAUAUGCUGAACCAGUACUCGAAUGAUCUCCACAAAUGUCCUGCAAGUGAUCCCGCCAAGAACUUCUUGAUGGAGGAAAUAAAGGUUCUUGAGGAAGCCAAAUGCAUUGGACUACCGAACUUCAUGCCUCGCACUGCUUUCUUGACUGUCCUACAACAUAAAGUGAGAGGGAUUUCAAGCAUCCCAGCUGGUUUUAUCGAUAAGGUAUGGGACUAUCUUGAAAGCGUGGUGCUUAAUGUUCUGAUGCGUCACACAGAACACUACGAGCUUCUCCAGAAGUGUACACGACGGGCGGGGCGGAAUCUCAUUGCUAAGAUGAAGGAGCAAUCUAUCAACUACGUGAUGAGCGUGGUGGAAAUGGAAAAGCUGACUGAUUUUACUUGCAAUCCUGAGUACAGUUCUGAAUACAACAAACUAAUGGCUCAGAAAGAUGUUUUCAUGAAAGGUAAAAAUCAAAAGCUAACUCAGAUAAGCCUUCAAGAUAUUGGAGACGUUGAAAUCGCUCAUCUGGAACAGUACCAAGCACUUGACACUAACCAAGCAUUUGACCUGAAGAUGAGAAUCACUGCAUAUUGGAAGGUAGUGGUGAGGAGGCUCAUUGACAGUACUGCUCUUCAUCUUCAGUUCAGCAUCAACACCCUUGUGAGCAAGGAUUUGGAGCAAGCGAUUAUUAAUGAUUUGAUGGGUCCAUGUGGGGGUGGUAUUGAAAGCUUGCUGGUGGAACCUCCUUCAGUUUCUGGGAAGAGAGAGAGGAUUAACAGGGGCCUUAAAGUUCUCAGAGAAUGCAAGGAAGUUGUGGCCAAUAUCAUGGAUGAAAUCUCAAGUUAUAGGGUUUAGGAUUUGGUGUCUGUUUGUUUAUUUUGAAGUGCGUGUUAUGGUUCUCAUCUUAAUCUUGCAACUAGCAAGGAAUAUUAACUAGAAGAAAGGAGUAACAAAGGAUUUGGCUCCUGUUUGUUUAUUUUGAAGUGUGUGUUAUGGUUCUCAUCUUAAUCUUGCAACUAGCAAGGAAUAUUAACUAGAAGAAAGGAGUAACAAAGGGUCAGUUUCUGUUUAUCGUGUUCUGAUAUUUUGAAAGCACUGUGAUUGCAGCUUGAUCUGUUUUACAUCCCCUCAUCAUUUGUCUGCUUUAUUUUCGUUAAU